AUGGUGUUACUGCAUGUGAAAACUGCGGAUCAGCAACACCAAUUUUUGUUUGAGACUAAAACAAACGAGACAGUGAAGGACAUUAUUUCAGCUGUCGCUACGUUGCACCUGACGCGGCUGAAGGCACUGAGGGUGGCAGACGCUGCAGAGGCUUUGGCAACUUAUGGGCCUCUAAGACCAGAAGAAACUAGGGGACUGACAGAGGAAGUGGCCAAGUUGUCCAACCUAAACGUGCACCCCGAUGGCCCGCCGACGAACCCUGACCCGCACCACUGCAGGACUGGUGUGCCGCCUCCCAAAGAGGUGGCCGACGUGAUUCUUCGCACCUGUUCAGAGGCUAAAGAGGCGCUUUCGCACAAAAAGGCUGAGCGUCGGGAAACCUUGCAGUUGGAGGCGGUGCAAGAGACACUCAACGUCCUGCGCGGAGCAUUGCAAAUCGCCUACCCUGCAAACCAUGGACUGCCCACGUGGGAGCCCGCUCGCCUCCUCUUGGAAGACAAGGAUACAACAGGCGGUCAGGAGAUUUCAGAGAAUAUCACCCUAGAGAAUGCCUGUCUUUGGUGGACAGGAAAACAGUUGCAACAGACGGAAUAUCUCAGCAAGUAUUUAGGGACAAACGAGAAGACAAAGACAGUGGUGCGGCUGCAGCCUAAGAGUGCGGGACCCCCCGUCCGCGAGCCCCGGAUGGACGCCGAGACGCACAAGGCGGUGCUGGCGUACUGCCACAAGAAGCGGCAAGAGGAAAAAGCUUUCGCUGAGGAUGACGAUGACUCGUAUUUAUACUCGCCGUGGGCCGACCCACGUGCCCUGAAAGAAAGCCUCGUGGGCAUCAACGGCCCCAUACGGUGGAGAGCAUAA